AUGAUCCGCUCUCUCUUAUUCGCCGCUUUCGUCGGAAAUCUUUUGCUUAUUGAAGCUGCUUCCGUGCUGAGCCUUGGACGCGCAAAGAGACAAGAUGUUGGCAGUUAUUGCUCAAAACACGCUGAGCAUUAUGCCAAGUUUUGCAACAUGAGAGUUUCCGAUUUGGAUUCGGAAACGUUCACAAAACUAGCGAAAUUCUGCCCCGCUUACAAGAAACAUUGUGGAGUUGAUGGGGUUGAAAAGAAAGAAGCUGGCGAGAUGAUCGUCCCUCCACCAUUGCCAAGGGGUGAUGCUCGUCUUGAUCUUCCCCUCUCUCCUCUCACUCAUCGUAUUCAUGAGACUCCCUCAAUCACUUCUGAGAAAGUUCAACUCACCGCUGCGAUGAUCGCCAGCUGCACUCCUGACUGCACAGCCUCGUAUUGCACAACAGAAUGCAAAUGCGCUAACACUCAUCCCAAGGUGCAUGCCCUCUGCAAUCCACCCGCUUCCGGCGAUAUGGCGAACACGUGCCAACGGUGGUAUGCCAAAUGCCCUAUGUUUCAACCAGUUCAAUACUAU